AUGAGUCAGGCAGUGAAUAGGAAUUAUUUAACAAGUGAACGUAUUGCAGCCAUAAAAAAAGAAGUUGAUGAGGCAAUUCGACAACGUAAAAUAUUUUAUUUAUGUGGACAUUUUCGCUCAGUAAAACGUGCAUUAUUAAAACGUGGAUGGAUUGAGAAGAUCCAAGUAAAAUCACCAACAAGAUUAGCGAAUGACUCAACUCAAUUGGAUGAUAGCAGUCGAAAUGAGAAUGAUGCUUUAUUUCAAAAUUUACCCACCCAACAAGCUGGUGAAUCCUUAGAUCAACAUUUAAAAAAGUGUGAAAUGGCUAUAAAAGCACGAUUAUUACAAUCGCAUCCAGCAAAUUUAUAUUGGAAUAUCCGAAAAGAAUCAUUAGCCUGGUUAAAUGCAAUACCUCGUGAUGCAUUGAUAAAUCGUUUUCCAAAAGUACGUUUUACCAGUAAAGAAGGCUUAUGCGCAAUUCUUCAACAAAUGCAUUGGUUUACUGAGCCGGGUGUUGCUGUGAUUAAUUUUCCAAGAUGCUAUAAUCUAUCGUAUUCGGACCAAUUAGUAUCAUUUAUUGAUGAUUUCCGAUUAACAGCAUGUAUGAGCCUUUUAAAAAAUUUUCUAGCUGCGGUGACCCAUGAUGGUGAAAUUGCAGUACGAUCUAUUGCGGGUAGUCUUCCGAUAUCCGUAGUACAUUUUGCAAUUGAUCGUUGUUUGGAGUACAUUUCAACAGCCGAACAUAAAGAUUUAGAUAUUGAUUAUCGUAAAGUCUGGGAUCAUGAAUGGGAAAACUUUUUUGCGUCUUUUGAUGCAUUUGUUAAUCAAAAGAAGCGAUUUUUACAUAGAACUGGCGAUGAAAGUAUCGACGAGCUAAAGGAACGAAUUACAUACGCUUUAAAAAAAAUGAUACAAUAUUGGCCACAAUAUAAUUUAGACGGGAUGCGAAAUGUUUGGAUAGUUAAACCUGGAAAUAGAUGUCGAGGGCAAGGCAUCAUAAUAAUGGAUAAAUAUCAAAGUAUUUUAGGAUUAGUUUUAAAUUGCAAUCCAAAAAAACACAGAUAUGUAGUUCAAAAAUAUGUUGAAAGACCUUUUCUCAUUUACGAUACAAAAUUCGACAUACGGCAAUGGUUUUUACUAACAUCUGGCCAACCAUUAAUUGUGUGGAUGUACACAGAAUGUUAUUUACGCUUUAGCUCACAAUUAUUUUCUUUAAACGACUUUCACGAAGCAAUUCAUUUAACCAAUAAUGCGAUUCAAAAAAGAUAUAAAAAUCAAAAUAAUCAACAAAGAAGUAAAGAAUUACCCGAUGAAAAUAUGUGGGAUUGUUAUACAUUCAAAGCGUACUUAAGAAAAAUUGGUCAGUAUGAAAAAUGGGAUAAUUUUAUUUAUCCCGCUAUGAAAGAAGCUAUCGUUGGUGCAAUGUUGGCCAGUCAAGAUAAUAUGGACCGCAAGGGUAAUUAUUUUGAAUUAUAUGGUGCAGAUUUUAUUUUAGGGCAAGAUUUAGUGCCAUGGUUGCUUGAAAUUAAUUCUAGUCCUGAUAUGAGUAGUUCAACUUCAGUUACAGCAAGAAUGUGUCCACAAUGUCUGGAAGAUGUUGUUAAAGUUGUAAUUGAUCGAAAAGAAGAUCCAACUGCAGAUACUGGAUUAUUCGAAUUGGCUUAUAAACAACAAUGUCCACGACCACCAACAUAUCUUGGUCUGCAACUUACAAUUCGUGGUAAACGUAUGUCACGCCAGAAAAUAUUUAAAAAUUCAAGACCCAUAGAAAAUGUGAACAUAAUUCAUGAGAACUUUGAAAAACUAUCAAUUUCACCAAGCGUUCAGGAUUACCAAGGUCCAAUUAUUGGCGAUUUCAUUGAAGAACUGAAAGAAGAAUCAAAAACUAUGCUAAAAGCAUGUGAUUCAGAGAAAAUACCAAUUCAUCGUCGAAAGAAAAUGUUGAGUUGUGUGCGAAAAAAUCGAACGCUCAAGAAAAAACAUCCUAAAAAGAUCCAUGUCAUCCAAACCACAGGAGACGUCCAAUGUGCAGAAAUUGAAUUGUUCUGAAGCAACGGAUAGUAAAAAAUCAAUUAAAAUUAAUCGUUAUAUGUCAUCAAAAAGUAUAAACGGAGGCCAUAAUUCAACCACCAAAUCAAUUUUAACUAAAAAAGAUCUAGAAAUCAAUACGAAAACGACAGACGAUUUAGUGAAAACAGUUAAAAAGCCAACAUGCCCAAGAUUAAUACGAUCAAUGUAUGAUCAUACACAUUUAUCAAAAAGUCUUUUGAAUAAUUUCUUAACUGUUGGAUUAGACUUUGAUUCUAAAGGAGUGAUUAACCCUUUAAGAGUAAGUGGAACUGCAGCUACACGACCGAACUCAAAAGUCAAAGCUUAAUCAGUAAAAUCAUUCAUUGUUUCAUUUGUAUAUUGCAUUAAUGUAUUGUACAUACAAAUUUGAAAAUAAAACACAUAACAGCGCA